AUGGUUACAACAAAUGCUGCUGGACGCACCGCAGUGCAUGAAAUGAACGGAGGCGAUUUGGAGCCGGAUCUAGCUUACUUUGCGUGCAUUGAAAAGGACUGCAAAUACAUAGGGCCAAACGCCGCAGCACUUCACAAGCACUGUAAAGGAUGCGACCCAAGGAUUAUUGAUCAUUUCAAUCUCUUCACUUGUUAACUCUUAAUUUUUUCUACUUUCAAUUUUUUCACUUUAUAUCAAACGUUUGAGUAUCGUAACGUAUCAAGCCACAUCAAUCAAUCCCCUUGUCUGCACUGCGAUUUUUCUCAAAAACGGGGAUUAUUUUUUGCGUUGCUCAAGCUUCUUUUCUCAAUAGCGAGAAGUGCUGUGUUUUCUUCUUCUUGCGUACAAUGAACGUACCGUAUAAAAACUUCGCCUGGCU